AUGAUUCUGACAUCUGGCGGUUACUCAGCCUUUUACACGGAACUUCUUCGUGGGAAAACGGCCUUUCCCAAGGAGACCGUUUAUUUCUUCCGAAAGGGCGCCAAGAACAAUCAUCCUCCACCUUCGGAAUUCCAAUGUUCCGUGAAAGCCUUACACAAUGAGUGGACCAAUUUGCGAAGUCCGCUAUUCAGCACAUUGUCUACUAUCCUGGACUCAACGCAGCCUUUGACAGGCACACCAUCUCUCGACUAUGAAUCUUUGGGCGUCAACUUCUAUGAUGCCGAUAGAUCUAUGUUCCGCUGGGUAUUCCUGAAAGCCGGUUCAGAUUCUCCGCAUUUGGCAUCAUGUUCAAGGAAUUAG